AUGAAGGGCGAGAACGAUGACAUGAACGGCGGAACAAAGCGGCAGAAGCGGUGGGCAAGACGAGCAAAGACGGGUUGCCUCGUGUGCCGCCAACGAAGAGUCAAAUGCGGCGAAGAAAAACCAGAAUGUGCACGAUGCGCGGCCUUGAAAGUACCAUGCCACUACUCGAUCCUGCAACAGGACUCACAGCUGCCCCAGGCGAUGGCAACUCGGCCGGUGGGUUUUGACGGGUCCCAGGAGGAGCGACAUCUCAACUACGAAUUUUGCAAUCGGUUCGCAUCGAUGUUUUGCGACGAAUUCAACAGCGAACUGUGGGCGCAGCAUCUCCCACAGACAGCAUACCACGAGCCAGCUAUAUGGCACAUCAUCAGCGCCAUUGCGGCCCUGUUUCCCACUCCGCCAGCUGACCGGAACAGUCCGCAUGGCAUAAGAACGUACACAAGAGGACUGCAACACUAUUCGUUGUCAGUUAAGGCUAUUCAGAAAAUGAUUGACGAGAAGGAAGCCGACCAGGACAUUUCCACACAGAGAAAAGAGACCAUCCUGACCCAUAGCCCCUUUUUAGCUAUGUGCGAGUUUUGGAUUUCAAAUAGGCGAUCCAAGGUUAAGAGCUCAGGCGGUAUUGGAUUGGUGCGGCUUUGGAAGGGCUGGGAGUUGCAGACCGAGACAGGUUCACAAGCCGUCACGCAGGCUACGCUCUUCCUCCUGAAAGGCCAUGCUUCAUCCGAGGGUUCACACUUUGUUGCCCCCAGCGAGUCGUGGGACUGGCAAGAGGCCCUUGCAUAUAUGUCUCGGCGGCCAAUUACAAGUUUUGCUGGUGCCUGUCUCGAAACGGAAAUGCUGCUGGCUAGUCUACAUCGUCUCUUUCGCAAACUCCCCGUGCAGCCUGAUGCCUAUACCAUUCGCUCAGCUGAUAUGAAGAGAGCGGUUUACAAAAGCUUUGUUGCCCUUUUGGGCCCCAGGCUGGAACAGUUUGCGAAAUCAAUAACAAUGUGCAAAAUGGAACUCUUACGACUCCAGAUCAUCAACAUCUGGAUUCUACUCAUCACCGUCAUGCUCAAGGUGAACUUGUCAUGCAUCGAGCUCGGUUGGGACGACUUUCUUCCGGAUUUUGAACAAAUACUUGUACUUGCCGAGGCUAUAUAUGCCCAGAAUGACCAUGAUCGAGUCUUGCCACUAUUUACCCCGUUUCUGAGCAAGGCGUUGCACAUGAUGGCUCGAUGGUGCCGAGAGCCCGGGCUCCGCCGACGCAUCAUUAGCACAUUUGAGCGUCAUCCACCGUUUUCUUCUGGGUCUGCACCACGCGGUUGGACAUCUCUGAUUUGCACACUGCAGGAAAUAGAGGAACACGCAUGGCGAGAGCCCAGGGAACGUGAUGUGGGCUGUGAUAAGCAGCUUGGGUGUGUAGCUGGAAAAUAUGUUUGCAAGAACCACCGCGUGGUCAACGUUCAACUGAGGGAGGAUCCUGAGCUGGGGCGAAUAUUCACCUUUACAACUUUUGGCCAGGCUAUCAGACAUGCGCCAGGCAAACAGGUUGCUAUAACUGCACCGUUCUGGGGUUGA